ACAAUAAUUUCGCGUUUACGCCAAUUGGCGUGAUGUUGAAAGCCUCGCAAGCAAUAGUUAUAGACGAAAACUUUGGGCCGAAAGCUUUAAGCGAAAAGGCAGAUAUGCCUGCACUACAAUCAACUAAUCUCUUUUCGUCAACACGGCAGUUUAUACGUCUGGGUGCGGGGCCUCGGCAGUGUUCCGAUGUUCCCCAUGCCGCCAACGUGUCAUUCGUGACAGAGGGCAGCGGUGUGGGGGUUUCAAAAGAGCCCCCUGUCAAUGUCAAGGUCAUCAAUACAGACAGUUGCUAUGGAUACAGCAGCACCCUGACAUCUGAAGCACAGACAGCCUCGAAUCUGUGUUUUAUCGUGAAUGUAGCAGCCAACGUGGAAGUUGCCUGGGAAACCAUCUACGCAGACAGAAAAUUAUAUGUAGAGAUUCCCACCAGCCUCCUGCCCGAAGGAUCGAAAGAAAGUCUUGUUACUCUACUGGAGUACGCAGAAGAAGAAUUGGAUUGUACCCAUGUUAUUCUUGUCUUCAAGAAGGCAAGAACUGAUAGGGCAUGUCUGAUUCGGACUUUCAUGUUCCUGGGAUUUGAAGUGGUUGUGCCGGGAAAUCCGAUCGUGCCGAACGCCGACGACCUAAUGUUCCUGGCCUACACCAUAGACAAUUACGAUUCCGAUUAGAAAAAUUGAAAUGCACAGAUUCAUGUUUUGGGGCAACGCAAUCAAAAAAAUUAUUUUAGAAAUAAAGAAUAGUUUCCUGCAGAUUUUUGACUAAGUUCCAUUUUAGUUUUCUUUCAGUAUGUUUGACAGCUACUUUGAUUAUUUUUUUUUUCACUUUUAAAAACAUGGUUUGAUAAGUAAGCCAGUUUUAACAAGUAGAUACCAUUGCUCAAAUACAGAAUGAGUUUUGAAUAUAGUAUGAAUAUUUGAGAAUAUGAAAAUGAAACUUUUGAGACAUUGAGGAAAAACUGUAUAUUCAAAGAGAUGUUAUAUCAGCAUUGGCAGAUUUUGAAAUUAUUUUUACUGAACCGUUGCCUCAAGACAUUGCAGACUUUAAAACACAUGUCAGGUGUUUGAACUGAUUGUUGUAUAUGUAAUAUUGUCUGUUUUGACGAAUUUGAUGUUUCUUCACCCAAACCCUUAAACAUAUUGUUGCACUUUAUCUUUCUCUCCUUUUCGUCUGUCACUCUCAAUCUGUUUCUUUUUUUUCUGAAUAUUUUCUUCUUUUGUGGGUCUUGGCAUUUUUUGGCAUCAUGUUUGUAAUAAAUGCAGGUUUGGUGGUUAUUUUUAGAAUUGUUCAAGUUACGUUAACGCUAUACCCUUUAGCUCAAGUCCACGUGUUUUUAAUUUAGGAAAGAUCUAAAAGUUGAAAAUUUGUCCUAAAUAGCUGUUAAAUUGACUCGUAUUCUGUAAUUAGUCUGAUAUAAGGAUGAAAUAUUUAAUAUUAUUAAGACAUCCUGCUUUACAAUGGCACAGGAAAAAUGUGAUAAAUUCAUAGAUAAGAAUUUCAGAAGGAUUAUAUUAUUUAUAUAAUUUUAAAGGGUUUAUAUUUUACUGAAUUUAAAGGGCGAUUUGUGAAAGACUGAAUGGUAAGGUAACUUGAAUGAUGUAAAAACAAUCGCUGAAUUUGCAGGUAUUUUAUAAUUAAGACAUCUUAGCUCAUUUGAGUUUUUAAAAGUUUGGGAAAAUUUGCUGUGAAAAUAUACAGUUUUAUCAUCUAUAUAGCAAGCUUGCCAUUUGGUAGUUUACUGGCAGGCAGUUUGAGGGUUUUUUUUCAGUGUGUGUGACACUUUAUAUUCAUUGUGGUAUUUGGUUUUCAGAAAAUCUUUAUCAUACAAGUGGUAUACAUAAAAAGCAGACAUGUUUUGUAGAUAAAAAUCAUGCAUUAUCGUGUUUUAUACAAUGUUGAUUUUGCAGUACAAACAAAUAUGACAUGACCUAGAAUUUUUGCCAGAUAGCAACCCAGUUUGUUUUUGAUAAAUAGAUUUUGCCUUGACCUACUUUCCGCUGAAAGACAAGUUAUAUUGUUAUGCUGAUAAGAGAUAAAAUGCAUGAACGGCAAACAAUAAAAUUCUUAAACCCAAUAUAUACCAUGCACAGACUGUUUUCAUAAGAGUAUAUUUUCUGAUAAUAAACUACCUUGAUAUACUGAAUGGGUAGUUGUACUGCGCAGUUAUUUAAAGGGUAACUCAUCUAUGUCAUCAUAUACACUUAUUGAUCGGCAUUUUUUCUUUUAAAUGUAACAAGCUUUUAAUUCAAUCAGAAUAGACUGCGUAUAUAUAAAAUAAUAUUAAACGUGGCAAAUUUUAGAUAAAGAUUGAAGUGAAAUAUUGGUUCUGUUGUAAAAACGCAAGAUUAUGACGUCAUUUAGUUAUUUGAUUAUGUAACAUCUGCUGUCAAUCGUUAUUCUGUUGUACAACAUAUGGUGUCAAUAUUUAAAUAUAACAUACGGUAUCAGCAUUUCAAUGUAACUGCCCGUCUUUCUUCUAUUGAUUUCAACUUCUUCUUUCUGUCACUAAUGACUUCAACAGUAUAAACUGCAUUGACGAAAGAUUUUUAAAAAAGUGCAAAAAAAAAGUAAAAAAAAAGAGGAAAAAUUGUAAAAAAACCCCAAAAAAUUGCUUUUUAGUUAACUCUAGUGCAAGUAUACCUUUAAAUUUGUUAGCAUCAUUACUUUGUUUCUUUGUAAUUUUUUUUUUUCUUUCAUAAAUCAUGUUGUUUUAAUCAGAGCAGAAGUCUGUUUAGAUAUUUAACAGAUUAGAUAAUUUAAAAUUGUCCCUUUAUCAUUUUGGCUUAUCAUUUUUUCAUCAUACUAUAAAUCAAUGAAUUGUCUACUUAAAAAGCAGUUAUGCAAAUAGCAUGAAUUUUAUGCACUGGGGAUACGUUUCUCGGAGAAAUAUUGUUUCUUCACGCAAAUAUUCAUUGAUUUACAGUAUAAUUUUUUUCUUGAUUGUAUGGAGCACUAAAAUACACUUUAGAUAUAACCAGACCUUUAUUAUUUUGUUUCAGAAUGACCAAUAUUGUUGUUUUGUUUUUUUGUGAUUGUAUUUUUUUCUUUGAAAUUUUCUUGGUGUAAUCUUCGCUUGGAAAUGAAACAGUUAACCUUGAAGAAUGAAAUCUGCCACCCCUACAGACUUCCAUGGAGUCUCCCAAUAUUGGAACAGUUCUAUUUUAUGGAAAAAGGGGUUUUCAGAAUUGUCAGUGAUAAUUAGCCAGGAUGAAUUGAUAGUGUUUUCAUUUCAUUAGAACAAAAAACUGUUUUAUUUUCAAAUGAUUGAUUUCAAUUUCUGGCACAAUAAAUGUACAUGCGUCAUUAAA